AUGGAUGAGGUCAAAGAUGGUAUUGGAUGGUAUUAUUCUCGUAAAUUUGGGUUUUUGCAACUUCUAAACAUAUUUUCUUCUUCAAAUAGAAGAGAUUUCUAUGGAAGAUAUUAUCUUACAAAGACAAAAAGUUGUAAAUUAUUUGAGUUGUUUCGAUUAAAAAUAAUUCAAGCAAUAAUUUUUUUGGUUUUUUGAGGACAAGUCUGAGCCUUUUAUCCAAGUAAGUGAGAUGAUGGAUAUUUUGGAGAAAGUGAAAACUGAAUUCCUUGAGAUAGCUCCUGCAAGACUUGAUCUGAUAUCACAACUUGAGACAGUUGAGAAAAUUUUAUGAGAAAAAAUUAUACAACAGGACUUUGAGAAGCAUGCCCAGAGGGUCAAUAUUAUGAUGAAAUCGGUGAUAACUGACUCCCAUGAAACGGUGUUUGAAAAAGCCAAUGUUUAUAUCAAACUUCUUGAUUCGAGUGCCCUCCUGAGAAAAUUUUAGAUAUCAAUACAUUAAAAUGUAUUGAUUCUUGCUCUUCAGGUCAAAUUAAAAUUACCUCAGAUAGAAUGAAUAUUGAUAAGAUAUGUCGAACAUUAAGCAUCUAUAUUGAUCCUGGAAGCCAGAAACUACUUGAAUUAGGGACUCUUGAAUUCCCCUAUAGAACUUUCAAGUCAGCAGCAUCAGAGAUCAUAAAUCAUUAUAGCAACACAAAUUUGGAAGUCAAAUUAUUCAUAAAAGAUGGCUUCAUUGAAAUGGAUACUUUUUAUUUCAUAAACAUGACAAGAAUUAUAAUCACAGCUCAUCCAGAUUAUCAGCUAUCAUACAGGAGAGCACAAAUUUCAUUCACCAGCCAGCACCAGCAUGGAAUUUCUAAGAAGGCAAGCUUCCAUCUUCUAAAGAACACCAAUAUCAACUAUAACGAUGUCAUCAAGAUAGGGCAAUUUGGAGAAAGAGAGAUGUCUUCACUAUCCAAAAUAAAUGUAGGGAUUGUGCUUGCCAGGACGAACUUGGAGAUAUUUGACGUAGAUAUACACAGUAAUGAGCUUGAGUUCUUCUGAGUACCAAUUUAUCUCCAAGAAAAGCAAGUUAAAUUAUAUGAAAUGGAUUUUAAUACUACUGGAUUCUCAUUCGAAGUUCAAGAUCCAAUGUCUAUGCAUUUAGAGAACAUUACUGUGGAUGUAUCAAGGUGGGGUCGUUUCGUUGAUACAUUGAAUGUUUUCUGAAAUUAUCCUGAAGCCUAUACUCAAAGUAUUAUGUACGCAAAAACCAUAACUCCAAAAGUCUCAAUUGAAAGAUCAUCAUAUGAUUAUUCCAUACUUAUGUCUUCGCUGCCAGGAAAUCAUAGCAUAAUAGAUGUUGAUUGAGGAGCAUAUCCUAUAAACAAAAACCUUGAUCCAUGAAUAAUAGUCGGGUAUAACCCAGUAUGAGUUCCAGAUGACGACUUACUUCAAAAUAUAUACUACGAUUCCAUUAAUUUUGAUGGGAGGCCAAUAGAUGCUGGGACAGGAUAUAUGUUUGCAGCCCCAAUCGUUGCAUUUGCUGUUCCUAAUCGUCGCAUUCAUAUAGAAAUGCAAAAUUUUACUUACUACGACAUUGUUCAAGAUUGGGAAUAUGGAUUAUUUUACUUGUAUGCAGCAGGAUCAGAAAAAGCAAAACUGUCAAAUUUCAAAUUUCACAAUGUUUCCUGCAAUCUAUUCUUUAUGGAAAUUUCAGCUCUUGCAGAUUUGGAAGUUAAGAAUUUUACUGUAGAGAAUAGUCUGAACCAUCCAUCAGAGCUUCUAAAAAUUACUAAUUUUGGAGACAUUCAGAUUGAAGACAUCUACUUCAAGAAUUUUAGCAAUCAAGGAGAUACUCAAAUUUCUCUAUUUUCAAUUAUACUACCUGAAACAAGUUCAAUAUUUCUAAACAACUUGAACUUUGAAGAUAUGAAAAUAGCCUCUGUGCCUUUGGUAUAUAUUAAUGCUGCUCCAAUGAUGGUCACUGCAACCAAUCUCAUGUUCAAAGAUGCUCAAACUCCUGAUGACCAAUCUUUGAUUAGUUUCUUGUCUAUAAAUUCACUGGCAAUAUCUAAUGUGACUCUUGAGAAUGCUAGACCUAUAAGCUCUGCUGGAAAUAGAGAGAAAAUAAUAAAUAUCGCAUCACUGAAUCUUGAGACAAUGAUUCAGUUUGAAUUCUCAAACUUUACUAUUACCAACUCUUCUCUUUCAUUGUUCAGUAUUGGAAUAAUUACCAAGCUCACAAGCUUAGAAAGAAACAUGGCAUUUAAUAAUAUUGGAUACUUUGACUGUAGCAUUCCCACUCCGAGGUCUCUGAUUUCUACCAAUGGAUUUGUUGGAGAUCUCAACCUCAACAUCAAGUUCAAUCUAUUGAAGUUUGAAAAUGUGGAAUUUGUAACCACUGGCUCAUUGGUAGAGAUGAAGCACCAACUUCCAACGACGGUCUACUUUGAAAAUUCGUCGAUUUCUAGGAUUAGCUCUGGGACUAUUGAUGCAGAGGGAAAUAAAUUAAAUGAUCUCACUACAAAAUUCAAGUUUGUGAACUCUACUUUUUCAGAAGUAACUACUCCUAUAGUUCCAUUCAUCUCGACUAGCAAUAAUUUAGUCUUUGAGAUCAGUAAUAGCUCUUUUAUUGGAUUUACAUCAAUGAAUCUUAUUUCAGGAAUAAUCAGAGCAUCUGAAAGGUCUGUAAUUAAAAUUGAAGAUUCAGUGUUCCGAAAUAACUCAGCAAUUGUCUCUCCAGUCUUCAGAGCGGAGACUGAAGCAAGUAUCAUCUGAACAAAUUGUAUAAUAUCCGACAAUUUUGGAAUCACAAAUGGCGUGUUCGAGGUUGCGUCAGGUGCAGUCCUGGAAAUCUACCUUAGCUUUAUGUAUAGAAAUUAUGCAAUAGAGUAUUCAAUUGGGACGUUCUUCUCAGCUUUCAUUCCUUCCAUUAUUAGUGGCACUCAGAUGUAUUCAAACAGUGCAAUUCAACAAAGCGAUUUGGCUGGUGAGCUUUCUUCAAAUUGCAGCAGAAUAUGAUUUUUGGACAACAUCAUGAAAGAUUAUCUGAAUAACUUGAACUUCUCCACAAUUCAUGAGAUUGAUACUCUGAUGCAAUUACUUCAAGCUGAGGUUUAUAUUAUUAACAAUACAAGAAUCUCUAAUUGUUCUUCAAUUCUAGACAGUUUUUCUUCUACUCUUAGAAUUGAAAAUUCCACUCUGUUUGAUAUAGAUUUUACUCAAUCUCCAAUGAGCUUGGUUUCUACUACUGCCACUCUGAACAAUCUCGAAAUUGCUAAUUGAACUAAGCUGAAUGCUCAGGACGACAUUUCUUUCAUUCAAAUAAUUUCUGGAACUUUGGAGUCUUAUGGCUUGGCGAUUAUAAACGCAAAUUAUAGAGUAGCUCAGUUAUCGUUUUCAACUGGAAUUAUGAACUACACUAAAUUUACCAAUGUGGCAAAUGAAAAAGGUUUGAUCGGAGCUCUGAACUGUGGCCAAUUUAAAAUAGACACCUUAUUAUUAAUAAAUACUACUGCAACAGCUAAUUCAUUAAUAAGCAUUCAGGGUUCAAACGAUUUUGAGGUGAUGAACAUCAAACUCUCAGGUUACCAAUACAAAUUAGCCCAGUUUUCUUCUUCAAAUAUUUCUCUGAUACACAACUUAGAAAUUAGUGAUGGCAAGCAGAGUCUUGAAUUUGUAGAAUCAGAUCUUCGAAAAAUGAGCAACUGAACAUUCUCUAAUAAUGCUGAAACAAAUGUUACUAGAGGAGGAGCCAUUAAGAUUAUUGAUAGUAAAAUAACUAUUGAAGAAACCACAUUCAGGAAUAAUUCUGCAUAUUCUGGAGGAGCGAUAGCCUUUGAGUGAACAAGCAUGUCUAAUUGUGAGCUGAAUAUUGUGAACUCGAAUUUCAUAGAAAAUAAGGCAGGAGUGAGUGGAGGAGCAAUAUAUUAUAACUACAAUAAUCCAAGAGUAUUAAACACUAUGUUUAGCAGUAAUACUGCAGAUUAUGGGCCUAAUUUUGCUAGUUAUCCUGCUAAGAUAGGAAUCUCAGAUGGUUCCACUGAUCAAGAUAUUACCCUGAGUAGCAUUGGAUCAGGUAUUACUAUUGAAGAAUCUCUCAAACUUGCAAUUUAUGACAUUGACAACCAAAGAAUGAAUUUGGAUAAUUCUAGUCAGAUAAUUAUUCUCCAAAAGAAUGCUUCUGAAGCGAUCAUAAAAGGAAUCAAUGCUAUUGUUGUUAAUGGAGGAGUUGCUGAAUUUAAUAACAUUGCUGCUAUUGCAAAAGGACAAAUUAGAUACUCGAAAUUUAGUCUAAGUUCAAAAUCUAUUGAUACAAAGAAAGUCAGUGAAGUCUUAGGAGCUUCAUUCACACAGAAGGAUCUUGAAAUUAAGUUUAGAGACUGACAGCCAGGUGAAAUGAUUGUUGGUAAUGAAUGAGAAAUAUGAGCAGCUGGAACAUAUUCACUCCAACAGAACUCUACUGAAUGAAUUAGCUGAGAUCUGAAUGCAGUAUGAUUGGGAAGUAACCAAGUAUCCGUCGCUCCUGGGCAUUGGAGAAGAUUCCAAAAUUCAACAAAGAUUGUUGAAUGAAUUGUUGAAGAAGCUUGUGAUGGAGGAUUUGUGAGUACAGAAAAUAGCUCCCAAAAUUCUGAUUCAUCGAACAUUCACCCUGUCAAAUGAGCAGAAGGAUAUUCUGGCAAUCUUUGUUCACAAUGAGUUGUUACUGAAGAUGCAAAAUAUCAAAGGAUUAAUGAUUUUGAGUGAAGUAAAUGCCCCAACCAAAUUCUAAACACUAUUCAAGUUGUACUAACUCUCCUCGUUGUGUUAUUCUUCUUCAUCCUGAUGGUAGUUAUCAACGUCAAGAAAACAGAUGAGAGUGAGUUGUCAGUUUCAUUAAGAAUACUAGCAAAUUAUCUUCAGCUAAUAACUGUGUCGACAACAAUGACUAAUGAUUACCCUGCAGGCCUCCUUACACUUACAGUUCCAAUGAGGUUAUUCGGAGGAUCAACUGAUGCCUUUAUGUCUUUCGACUGUUUUAUCACAGACACAGAUGUGAAGUUUAUGUUUGACUCUAAUGCUAUUUUCAAAUUAUUCCUAAUGAUAUUUCUCCCAGUAGCUUUAUUCAUUUUUGCUACCACGAUGUGGAUUCUGGUAAAGCUAAUAAAGCCAAAAUGGGUCAAAAAUAUUCAAAGAAAUCUUGUAAUAUCUUUCAUAACAAUCGUGUUCCUUCUGCACCCAAAAUUGGCAGAGAAGAGCAUCAGUAUGUUCAAAUGAGUUGAGAUUGAUGAAGGCUUUAAGGUCUCUAAAAUUGACACCAAUAUCGAAUGAUACUCAUCCACUCAUCUAAAGUGGUGAAUAUUUGUUUCAAUUCCGAUUUUAAUAAUCUGGGUUAUUCUUUGUCCCUUAAUUACGUUCAUUAUUAUUUACAAAGGAAGGAAAAACCGAGAUAGUAAAAUAAUGGGAUAUUUUCUGAUGAUGUACCAAGGCCUCAAGCCUGAAGUUAUUUACUGGGAGUUUAUUAAUACGACCAGAAAGAUUGCGAUUCUAUUCCUUCUUUUGUUUGAACUGAAAGUUGCAAUUAAUUUGUCAAUCAUUAUACUUCUAUUGACAGCUCGACUCCAAAUAAUGUUGAAGCCUUACAAGAAUAAAGAGAACAACAAAAUAGAGUUCUUGUCAGUGAUGGGAGGAAUCUCUAUCAUCAUGGCAGCUCUGGUGUACUCCGGGUACGAACAACAUAGCAUUCUGAAUGGAGUUGUACUCAUAGCUGUUAUUUUAAUCAACCUCAAGUUUUUAAAAGAAUGGUUGUUUAGCCUUCUCCAGAUUCAUAGAGAAAAUAAUCGAACUGUAGAAAUAAUAUUAAUUGUGCUUUGCAAGAUUUUCUGUCAAAAGCUACCUAAAUCUAAAUCCCAAAUAAUAAAAGAGACAGAAGAGAAAUCUCAGAAGCUCCCCAAGAAAAGUGAGAAAGAGCCCAAUAAUGAUUCUGACUUGAAUAAAAAAAAAAGACUGAAAAAAUUCAAAAGGAAAGGAAACAGAAGAAAUAAAUUCAAAAAGUCCAAAAGUUCAAGGAAAAACUUCAAGGCUUUUCAAGUUGUCAAGCAAAACUAUGGGAACAAUAAUCAAAGUAAUGAUGUAAGCAGCAUAUCCCCAGCUGGCUCGCACAAGAAUUCUGAAAGAGUCUUGUUCAAACCUGCACCUAGAGCACUCAAUUUUGACUUUGAUAUUGAUCCGAAAGAACAAGAUGCUGAUAUAAUGUGGAUUAAGAGAAGAGUUGUGUAGAGAACAAAGGGAAGGAGAAAAGAGAGAAAGAUUGAAAUGGAAAGGAAGUGCUUUAUCUCAGAUUUAUGAGAUACUAAGUUCAGAAUUUUACUCAAAUUUACGAAAUUUCCAGGAAUAAUAAAAUUUUUAAUUUCUCUCUAAAAAUUCAU